UCCGCCGGGCCGCGGUGGGCGUGACACAGGGUACAGCGCGCGCUUUUCAUGCCUCUGGCGUUUCCUUUGGCGGAUUUUCUGUUCUCAGAAGCUGCUGGGUUCGUUUAUUCAGCCGCAGUGGUGCUUCCCCGAAUCUCAAAAUGCCGUAGGUAUCUCCUUCCCAGUGUUAAAAGAUCACUGAAAUUGGAUAGCCUGUUAGAAGAAAAUUCAUUUGAUCCUUCAAAAAUCACAAGGAAGAAAAGUAUUAUAACUUACUCUCCAACAACUGGAACUUGUCAAAUGAGUCUAUUUGCUUCUCCCACAAGCUCUAAAGAACAAGAGUACAGAAAUGGACUAUCAAAUGAAAAGAGAAAAAAAUUGAAUCACCCCAGUUUAACUGAAAGCAAAGAAUCUACAACAAAAGACAAUGAUGAAUUCAUGAUGUUGCUAUCUAAAGUUGAGAAAUUGUCAGAAGAAAUCGUGGAGAUAAUGCAAAAUUUAAGUAGUAUACAGGCUUUGGAGGGCAGUAGAGAGCUUGAAAAUCUCAUUGGAAUCUCCUGUGGAUCACGUUUCUUGAAAAGAGAAAUGAAGAAAACCAAAGAACUAAUGACAGAAGUAACUAAACAAAAACUGUUUGAAAAGAGUUCAGGACUUCCUCACAGAGGGGAUACUUCUGUCAUUUCCUUAUGGCCAUCUAAAAUACAUCAAUUAUUUGUGUGUUUAUGCAUGAUCAGCCUUGAAACUGUUUUCUAUUAUUAAGGCUGACUUGCCCAUUACCAGAUUUUUCCAAAGGACUGACUUCCUGCUUAGAGGAGACUGUAUCACUAAAUCAUGUUUGUAAAUUUCUAAUAAUUUUGAUUAUUUGUUGGUUUAAACGAAAACUCAGUUUAAAAUAUAUAAUACAUAGUAUCUAGAUAAGUAUGUUAUGUAUUAAUGUGUAUUACAUUCUAUGUAGUCGUCUUCCAAUUCUGUUUCUUGGUAGGAGCUACAUUAGCUCUUUAUAUUUCCUGAGGUAUUAAAAACUUCAUUAGCAUUUUACCUAAUUUUGGAAAAUUCAUAUUGCCUGAAAAAUAGAUUAAACCUUAUUUUUGUUGUAAUUUGAAUUUGAGCUAUAUAAUUUUCCUGAGUGCUUUUCCUACCUCUUUCUCUGGUUCCUAACAUAUAUAUUAGUUCUUGAGGGUUUUUGUUUGUUUUGUUUUUUGGUUAACGAUUAUGUACACACACAAACAUGCACACACAUGUAAAUUUUUUUAUUAAGGUGACAAUUUUUACCCUUUUCUGCUCAUACAUUCAUUUUAAGAGGAUUUUGCUAAUUUUUUUGACAUCUCAAGCUAAUUUGCUUUAGUUCCUUAUUUUGCAAUCUGGCCUUGAAAUUUCCACUUUACUUUUUUUUUAAUUUAUUCAUUUUUACUAUGCUGUUAUGCAGAAUUGUUUAAGUUUUAAAAUGUUUUGGGAGUUUGUCAUAAUAGUAGAAAAUAAGUAAAAUAAAAAUCAUCCCUAUAAUAUGUAUAGGAUAUAUUAAGGUAAUUAUAAAAAUGAGAAUAAGGCAAUUACUUGUUUCACUGUCAAAAGAAUAUCCUUCAGAUUCUUCUGGGUUUUUGGUGUUUUGUUUUGUUCUUUUGUCUUUCAGAUUCUUAUAAAAUUUUCCUGGAAUAGUUAAAAUAAACAGUACCAUGAGAAUUUCAAUAUUUAUGCUAUCAUUGCCUCUUCUAGUUGGUCUUUUAGUUCUACUAAUAUUAUUUUUUCAUUUCUGUGGGAAUUUCAGUUACUUCAGUUGCAGUCUUUAUUACAGUAAGAGUAUAAUUGUAAAAAUAACACUCUAAUGUUUUAAGUAAAUAGACAUCUGACACACAUUCUUAAGGCUUUAUGUAACUUAUUCAGGAGAAAUUUAAAACCCAAUAAAAUUAAAAGGCACACUGAGAUUUUCAUAAUUUCAUAAGAACUGGACCUGGUAAAUGGGGAUGCCUUGAUGAGAGUAUAUGAAUAAAAGAUUUCCUCUGCUAAACAAAGAUUUCUUAAACAAAGGAAUACUUCUUUCUUCAGUUACUUAGGAAAUAAGCCUAAUUUUGCUUUCCUCAGUAACACUGGCUUUAUGACUAUUAGGAAAAUAAUUAAAUGAAAGGUUCUUUUUCUGUUUGAUUUGGAUGUGAAUUUUCAUAAUUAUUUUAAAUUUGUUAUGCUGAAGAUUUAAAACAUUAAAUUUAAAAGAUUUAUUCAGUGGGCUGAUACAGAUGGAAUGUCACAUUAUCAUCACAUGGUGAGGCAUGAAAUUUAUUUACUUUACAUAAUCAACCUCUUCUUAAAACAACUUGAUACAGAUAUUCCUUAGUCAAUAGACGGCAUUAUAUAGUACAUAACAGUUUCAGUUUUUUCUGAAGAUAUUACAAAAUACCAUCAUUGUUUGUCUAUGACUAGUACUUCCAAUAAACAAAAUGUUUUUGAAAAGAAUGUAAGCAAAUUGUAGAGCAGUUGCCAAGAUAUGAAAUCUAGACACUUAGCUUCAGUCCAAAACGUAUUGUAUCUGUUUUGAGAAUAAUUGUGUAGGUUGCAGUAUGCAUAUUUUAAAUGAAAUGCAACCAUCUGAACUUUACAUUGUUCAAAAAACUUGACUGUUUCAGCUGUUUGUAAUAGAAAAUAUUUCAGAAUGUCCAACUCUGGUCUGUUUUAAAAGGCAUAAACUACAAUGUUCCUCUUUUCUUUAGUUAACUUUCUGUAUUCUUACAUAGUAAAAUUUAUCUUGGUUAUAGGAUUUUAAAGUUAUCAAAUUCUAGACAACAGGACAAAUUUAAAACUCCUUCUGUUCUAACACUAUAAAAUAGUUUGAUGUUCAUUCUAACCACCCACUGAAGUAUUUUUUAAACAUAAAAAUAUGUUGUUCUUUCCCCCACUCAGGCUUGAAAAAGUAUUCAUCAUAUCAGCUAAAUAAUUUCAAAUCCCAGAAGACUACUACCCUUUUAGUUUUCUGUUUUAACAUUAAACAGUAUCUUUUUUCAAACAGAUACUUCAAUUUUAAAAGCACUGAGGUUUGAAGUUUAGACAUGAGGACUUUUAGGAGAAACAACAGAAAUUCCCCCUCUGCUUUAACAUUCUGGGUUUAUCUGGAGAUAAAAAAUGGAGCCAUUAAUUUUGAUAGCACAAAUAUACAUUAAUGUACACCUAUAGUCCUCAGCUCUUUAUAAUGAUUCAGCUAUCAUGUAUGCCAUACGUGAGUCAUAACCUUUCCUAUUAAUAGUGUUAAUGCUCUUUGUUUUACACUAUUCGUCAUUGUUUUGGGGGAUGCAUUUCAACUGCUAAAAAUGCUUACUUGAGAUUUGUCUAGGAUUUAAGUAAAAAUAUAAACUGGUUUAUUACUUUUCAGAGCCUUUUAAAUAAUUUCUUCCAUGAUUUAAAUUUUUUUAUACUUUAAAAGAAGUGCGGUCAUUUUUCUUUCAAAUAAAAUCAGUAAAAAAAAUUUAAACUAUAGAUUUGGACUCACUUAGUAGCAAUUAGAUGUUUAAGAGGUGUAAAUAACUUGCUAUCAGACAUUACAAAUAUCCAGGUGCUCUGUAUGUGCUGAUGACAACAGAAUUGAAAAGAAAGACUGUAAUAAUUCUGACUGGUUUUCUCUGCAGAAGAUAUUGAUUAUUUGUGUGUGGUGAGAGAUUUGGAAAAUUCAAUUAAAGGAGUUGUGCAAAGGUUUCAUAAAUUUUCCUUCUACAGCGUGUACACAGACAUUGUUGCGUAUUAAAUCAAUGCAGCACUUCACAAUAUAUUUUCUUUGAAACAUAAAAAUAAAUAACAUUUAAACAGUUCUGCUUACUACAGAAACAAAUUUUAUUUUCUGUGAAGCAUUUAGUCAUGUGCUAUCACUGACUCAUACACAUUUGCCAGCUGUAACAAAUUUUAUAGACAUUUUCCCCAGAGACAUAUCUCACAUACUAUGAAUUUUUAAAUGAGCAAAUGGUGAAGAAGGGAUGUCAGCAAUAUAAAAAUUGAUCAGUUAAAAGAUAAAAGCAUAAGUAAAGAGAUUUGUAUGGUAGUCUUAAUAGGUUUUAUUAAAUAAAAAUACUAUAAAAAGACAGUAAUGAAUAGACUGAAGACUGUUCUUGAGGUGGAGAAAAAUUAUUCUGGCACAUUUAGUAGAAAUUGGUUUUAUGUCACCUGACAGGUGAACUUUUUUUUCCCAUUUUUAACUCUCAGAGUAGUCAAAAAAGCCCCACAAAAAAGAGUUACAUAAAUUAUCUAAGUGGUUUACAUAUUUUAAACACAAUAAAGCAAAUGUUUAUCAUAUUAUGUAACUAGUUAUAUAGUUAAAAGCAGGACUUGGUAAUUAUUAAAUAUUAGGUGGUUUUUCCUCCAGCUCAGACCUCAGAUAAGAGGAGGGUAGUCACUUUUAUUCAUAAUAUUCAUACCAGGUGCUUCAGCCCUCUGGAACCUCUCUUUGAGGGCUCCAGAAGACUGUUAUUU